GGCAGAGGCAGCCGCAGCCCCGUCCCCGCCUCCCUCCCUGGGCCCGGCCCCGCCGCCGCCGUUCCCGGCUCUCAGAGGGCUCCCGUCGGCAGCGGGGGAAGAGCAGGCGGAGAGCGGGCGGCGGCCGGGGACGCGAUGCACUCGCUGUUCAGGAAGCGCAACAAAGGGAAGUACAGCCCGUCGGUGCAGAAGAAGAGCAUCUCCAGCAAAGAGCUGACCGAGCUCAUCGAGCGCCUGCAGAAAAAUGCCGACCAAGUGGAGAAGAACAUCGUGGAGACUGACUCCCGAAUGCAGAAUGAUUUGCACAAGAUCAAGGCAUGCCAGCUAGCACAGUACAAGGAGCUGACAGCUCAGAAGCUGACGGAGUCGGACAAGCUGCUCUAUGUACUGGAUGGGGAUGCAGCCGUUGCCAGGCACAUGAAGCACCCCCAAGGGGACAUGAUCACUGAGGACAUCCGGCAGCUGAAGGAACGAGUGGCAAAUCUACGUGUGAAACAUGACCAGAUCUACAACUUCCCCCUGCAGCACAUCGAGCCCCAGGUCAACUGGUGCACAGUGAUCGAGGAGAAACAGGAUGCGUUGUGUGGCAAAGGCUUUGGGACUGAUCUGCCGCUGGUCAACAGCCAAGUAGAAGAGCACAACAUCUUCCACAAUGAGGUCAUGGCCAUCGGCCCACACAUCACCAAGGAAGGCAACAAGGGAUACACGAGUGACCUCCAAGCCAAGUACCAGAAGCUGCUGGCCAGCUCGCAGCAGCGGCAGCAGGACCUGAACUCACUGCAGGACUACAUGCAGCGCUGCACCAACAAGCUCUACUGGCUGGAUCAGCAGGCAAAGGACCGCACGCACUACGACUGGAGCGACCACAACCUGGACUACCCCAGCCGGCGCCGCCAGUACGAGAACUUCAUCCACCGGAAGCUGGAGGAGAAGGAGGAGGCCAUUAACAAGCUGCAUGCAGAUGGAGACCAACUGCUGGCCCAGAACCAUCCUGGGAAGAACGCCAUUGAGGCACACAUCGAGGCAGUCCACGCCGACUGGAAGGAGUAUCUCAACUUCCUGAUCUGCGAGGAGAGCCACCUCAAGUUCAUGGAGGACUUCCACAAGUUUCAGAAGGACGCAAAGGACGCCCAGCAGCUCUUGAAGAAAGUCGAUACGGACCUGGACCAAAAAUACAGCCCAGAGUUCAAGGACAGAUACCAGCUGGAGUCGCUCCUCAGGGAGCUGGAUGACCAAGAGAAGGCCCUGGAGAAGUACGAUGCUGUGGUGCAGUCGCUGCAGGAGCGCAGCCAGCACGUCCUGCCCCUGCGGUACCGCCGGCUGCCACCGCCGCAGCCCAUCCCUGUGGAGGCUCUGUGCGAGUAUGAGGGCGAGCAGGGCCAGAUAACCCGAGGAGCCCAUUACACCCUGCAAAAGAACAGUGGAGACAUCUGGGAAGUGAUGGACGGUGCAGGAGGUGCCAUCAGUGCCCCAGGUGUCUGCUUCAUGAUCCCCCCUCCAGAUGCAGAGGCAAUAGCACUGGCGGACCAGAUUGCUGAUAGCUAUGUAGCUGUAAAGGAGAAGACCUCCAACUGCAGGAACAUCCUCCAGCAGCGCUACGAGGGGCUGAAGGCUGACAGCAUUGGAGAUGCUGCAUCAGUUCAGGGCCGCCAGCUUCUGGCAGGGCUGGAGAAAGUGCACAGUGACCUGGACAAGUUGGAGAAAGCAAUAACAGCAAACCUCCGUCCACCGCUGGAGCAGAGUCGGGCUGUGCAGGACAGCACCGAGCGCUCCAAGGACCUGAAGAACAUAACCAAUGAAGUCCGUCGCAUCGAACCAGAGAAAAUGAGGAAGGUCCAGGACUGCGAGGCCUUCAUUGAGUCCGUGCCCAACACUGGGAGCGCUACGUUGGUGAAGAACAAGGUGGAGAACACCAACAAGAAGUAUGACCGUGUGGUUCAGCUGCUCAGUGCUGCCCAGGAGAAAGUUGAGGUGGCCACGCACCUCGAGAAGAGUCUCCAGCAAGGCCGAGACCUGCUGUCCACAUACGAGAACAAACUGGUGACAGACGACACCGUACCAGAGGACCUGCGGGUGAUAGACCGUAAGAAAGAAGAGCUGCUGGCCAUGGGCUCUGAGCUCCAAUCCAAAAGGUUCUUGCUCAAUGAGGCAGAGCAGAACUUGCUGAGGACAAAGACCUGCUCCAACACCCUGGCCAGCAAGUUCCAGGAGCACUGCCCUGACAUUGAGCGGCAGGAAGCCGAGCUCUACAAGCUCAACCAGCGCUUCAACAACCUCAGCAAGCAAAUUGACCACAGAACACAGACCCUGCAGAAAGCAAAGAGUGCCUAUUCCAACUACCGCACAAACUAUGACAAAAUCAACCAGUUCCUUUGCAACAUCCCCAACUACGAGCCGCAGGAGACGGACAACAUCCAGCAAGUGGAAGUGAAGCUGAAGAACCAAGCGGCGCUCCUUGGUGACAUCGCAAGCAAAGAACAGGAGGUACAAAAAGUCUCUGCCACAGCUCAGCAGUACCAGCAGGCAGUAAAGGACUACGAGCUGGAAGCUGAGAAGCUGCGGUCCAUCCUCGACCUCGAGAACGGACGCAAUGGGUACAUGAGCAAGAAACCCAGGCUGCAAUCUCCAGCUGCAAAAGUGAAAGAGGAGGAAGCCAUUCUGGCAGCCAAGUUCACCGAAGUGAAUGCUGUGAAUAGGCAGAGGCUGCAGAACCUGGAAUUUGCUCAGAACCUCCUGCGGCAGCAGCCAGAGGUUCAGGUGACGCAAGACUUCAUCCAGACCAAAAAAUCCGUAAGGCCUGUGGAAGAAGUCUGGAAGUUGAAGAAAGAGCUUGAGGAUGAGACUCAGCGUCGGCAACAGCUAGAAGCUGAGAUCCAAGCCAUCCAGAACAACAUUAUCCACCUGCAAAACCAGAAGCCCCAAGAAACCGUAGUUAAGAAGGAAUUGGUGAAGAAAGUGCCGGACCCGCAGCUGGAGGAGAGCUUCCACAAACUGCAGCAAAGCCUGGCAGAAGAGCAGCGCAAGAACCAGGUGCUGCAGGAUGAGCUGGAGGCCCUUAAAAUCAGGCUGCGUGUUUUGGAGCAUGAGAAGAAGGAAGGAGGGCAGGAGUAUAUAGUGAAAGAGGUGUUGCGUAUUGAGCAAGAUAAGGCUCAAGCUGAAGAAAUCUUGAGGCUCAAAGAAGAACUGGAAGAGCUCAGGAGGCAGGAAGGAACAAGGGAAAACGAGGUCAAUCUUUUACGCCAACAAAUCGCUGUGCUGUCCAGCGAGAAGAACAAAGAGCAGGAGAAGGUAACAGAGAAGGAGGUGCUGAAGCUGCAGAACGAUCCCCAGCUGGAGAUGGAAUUCCGGAUGUUGCAAGAGAACAAGCAGAGGGAGAGUGCCCUGAGGCAGAAACACGAGGAAGAGCUCAGCUUCCUCCAGGAGAAACUCAAACGCCUCGAGAAGGAACGGGCCAUCGCUGAGGGCAAGAUUACUGUCAAGGAGGUACUGAAGGUGGAGAAAGACGUGGCCAUCGAGAGGGAGGUGAAUGAGCUCCGGCGCCAGUACGAGGAUGAGAAAUCCAAGGGGCGUUCCAACGAGAGGGAGAAGGCCGAGCUGCUCAGGAAGAUCCAGCUGCUGGAGGAAGAGAAUGCCAAGGUGGUUGUCCAGGAGAAGGUGAGGGAGAUCGUGCGGCCGGAUCCUAAGGCUGAAAAUGAAGUUGCCAACCUUCGGUUGGAGCUGGUAGAGCAGGAGAGGAGAUACCGGGGUGGUGACGAACAGCUGAAGAGCUGUCAGAAUGAACUGGCUGCUCUGAGGAAUAGAGAGCCGCUGGUAGAAGUCAAAGAAGUCAUUAAGGAGGUCAUUAAGUACAAGAAUGAUCCAGAAACUGAAAAGGAGCUACAGCGGCUCCGUGAGGAAAUCAUAGAGAGGACGGGAGCCAUUGAAAGAGCUGACCUUGAGAUCUACCAGCUGAAACAAGAGAUACAAGCUUUGAAAGACACCAAACCUCAAGUGCACACAAAAGAAGUUGUUCAAGAAAUUCUACAGUUCCGGGAAGACCCUAAGACAAGAGAGGAGGUGGAAUCUCUGAGAGUGCAGCUGGCCGAGGAACAAAUGAAGCACGUUGACCUGGAGAGAGAACGGCUCCUCCAAGAAGACAAAGUAAGACAGAAAGAGGAGGAACUUUCCCAGGUGAAGGAGAAAGUGGUCCAGCAGGAAGUAGUGAAGUACGAGCAAGAUCCUGCCUUGAAAGCUGAAGUGAACUCCUUCUCACAGAGCAUCGAGAGUGAGCUGAAACAAAUCGAUUCCCUCCGUGAAGAACUGCGCAAGCUGCAGAGGAGGCGGUCUGAGCUGGAGCGACAACUGGAAGAACUGGAGAAGGAGAGACAGGCCCGCAGAGAGGCGGAACUGGAAGUGCAGAGGCUGAGGAUUAGGCUGAAUGAGCUAGAAGAGCAAGAGAGGGAAACGACGGAACGAGUAACAGUGAAACAGAAAGUGAUCCUUCAGCAAGAUCCCCAGCAAGAGAAGGAGCACUCCCUCCUCAGGCUGGAGCUAGAAGAAGAAAAACACCGGAGACAAGUCUUGCAAACUGAACUGGAAGCCUUGAGAAAGAAGCUUCUUUCGUUGGAGAAAAUGGAGGUCAAAGAGAAAGUUGUCUUUUCAGAAAGUGUCCAAGUGGACAAAGGAGACACGGAGUAUGAGAUUCAGAAGCUGAAGAGCAACCUGGAGGAGGAGAGCAGGCGUAAGAGGGAGCUAGAUGCAGAUAUCAAUAGGCUCGAAACCAGGCUGUCCGAGGUGGAAUUCAACAACUCUAAGUCAUCGAAGGAACUAGACUUACUAAGAGAGGAAAACCACAAAUUGCACCUUGAAAAGCAAAACCUGCUGAUGGAAACAAGGAGGCUGCAAUCAGAGAUUGAACUCACAGCAACAGAAGCUCGGGAUUUGAGAAACAUGACCCACAUGGACAGUGGACCAAACCUAGACUCCAGAUUCCAAGCUCUGGAAAGAGAGUUAGAUGAUCUGAAGCAGUUAUCAAGAGAAAAAGAUGCAGAGAUCGAGCAGCUCCAGAACCGCCUCAAGACAGUGGCAAUCAAGAGGGAGCAAAGAGAGAACCACCUGAGGCGCUCCAUUGUGGUCAUCGAUCCGGACACGGGCAAGGAGAUGUCUCCAGAGGAAGCUCACGUGCUCGGCCUCAUCGAAUGGAGCCUCUUCGUCAAGCUGAAGAGUCAGGAAUGCGACUGGGAAGAGAUCUCGAUCAAGGGGCCGAACGGGGAAUCAUCUGUGAUCCUCGACAGGAAGUCAGGCAGAGAGUUCUCAAUCGAAGAUGCCCUGAAGAGCGGCAGACUGAGCACGGCCCAGUACAACAGUUACCUCAACAAGCAGAUGUCAAUUCAGGAGCUGGCAGUCCUGGUGUCUGGAAGCGAUUACCCAGUGCUCGCUCCACUUUAGAACCUUCCCUUAAAGGCAGCGAGUCAGAGCUGCACCACUCGUUAUGACUACCAGAUCACUGCAAAUCCUCGCCCUCCUUUGCGUCUUCCGAAAUGCUACAGCCUCUGCCCAGCCGCGCUAUGAAGCCGCACUGCUUGCUGUCAUACGCUGCGGAAAAGCACCGCCAGUAGUGGAAAACACGUUUGUCAAGGCUACAACUAAACCUUCUCUCCCUCUCUGCAGCCCUACCCAACCACUCGACAAACAAGAUGACAAGUGAAGUACCUGAAGUCCAAAAGACUCAGCCAAACCUGCAGUUUCUUCAACACACAGCCACAAAGGCAGGAAAAAAAAAAAGCAAAGCACA